AACACAUAAAUACACUCAGGCAACCAGUACGAGUCACUCCAAAGUUAUCGUGAAAACUGGUUAACUUUCCGUUGGAAGUGUGCAUACCAAACCCUUCGAGCGAACCAUGAAGUUUCUGGUGCUGUGUCUGUGUGUUGCCGUGGCCAAUGCCGGCCUGGCUCCACUCAUUACUUCCAAUAGUCGCACUGUGCCCGACAGCUGGAUCAUCAAAGUCAAGGAUGUGAAGGAGAUUGCUCGCAUCGAGAAAGAGAUCAAGAAAGUCCUCGAAGAGGUGCGUGCCGCGGUUCCCACCGUCGAAACGUACGAACAGGUCCUGCCAGGCCUAGCUCUCAAGAUCCCAGCUCGCGCUCUUAAAGUGGUGCAAGGUAUUGAAGGCAUCGAGUACAUUCACGAGGAUGUGAUCGGAACCAUCUACGGCUCGCAAUCCGGCGCAACGUGGGGCAUCGAUCGUAUUGACAGUCGCACUGGAACUAAUGGUGUCUACAAUUACAACGAUAAUGCUCAAGGCAGCGGGGCGAGCUUCUUCAUUGUGGAUACUGGAAUCCGCACAACUCACCAAGUGUUCGGUGGACGAGCCUCCAGAGUCUACGGAGCUACUGACGAUCAUGGGCACGGGACCCACUGCGCCGGCACUGCUGGUGGUGACGUCUACGGUAUCGCACGUCAAGCCAAUGUCUACAGCGUAAAAGUCUGCAACUUCUGGGGAAGCUGCCCGCUUUCCACGGUCCAAGCUGGCUUGAAUGCGAUCGUGAGCCAGUUUGGCACGGGCAACGGCAAGGGAGUGGUGUCAAUGUCUCUUGGCUUUUCGAAGAACUCACAGAUGGACACGAUGGUCAACGACAUGCUUACCAAAGGCUACACCGUGUCCGUUGCUGCUGGCAACGAUAACUCCAAUGCCUGCAACGUCUCCCCCGCCAAUGUUCCUGGGUGCCUCACUGCUGGUGCCUCAACCUCCAGUGAUUCUCGGGCGUAUUUCUCCAAUUAUGGCUCUUGCGUGGACCUGUUUGCUCCGGGCUAUAACAUUGUCAGUGCUAGCUACUCCUCUGACACUGGAAGUGCAACCAUGUCGGGAACAUCCAUGGCUUGCCCUCACGUGACUGGUGCCGCCACUGUUUACUUGGGUUCGAACCCAGGUUCCUCCCCAUCGGCCGUCCAUUCUGCCAUCGUGAACGCUGCCACCAAUGGCGUCAUUUCCGACGCCCAAGGGUCUCCCAACAAAUUGCUCUACGUCGCGCCUUAAUUUCAUACCAGCGACGUUGGGCAUGUGAUACUCCAAGAAUCAUGCAACAAGAUUUGAGAGGCUUAAGAUGCAGAAAUCAACGAUGGAUCAAGACUCUACUGGAUAGCACUGAUUGUUUGCAGCAUUUCGCAACAUUUUAUCACAAUGCCUCUGUCACAACAAACGGACAUUUCUUCUCAAUGAAAAUAUAAACCAAGAUAAAGUCAGUGUCGUGGGCUAACUGACGAAGUUUCUCCGAACAUUAACUUUCUCCUGAAGAAAUAAGAGUACCUAACGUUUAAUUCCUACCUGCUUAAUCAAUUCUUGAAUCAUGAAUCACUUCAGUUUUGGUCAACACCAGAAACAUUGAAAUGAGCAACAAAGGGCAAACUGAGAGCAAUGAAAGCACUAUCUUGAAAGUUAUUAGUUGAGACAAAAAGUAAGAUGGAUUUUAAACCAAAUAAUUUUGUGAAAUCUCAACAGAAUGAUGCCAAAAGCCUCUAAUAAAAUUAAGUAAACUGCA